AUGACCGUAACCAUCGCGUCGAACACCGAUGUGUUCCUGAAUCCACAAAAAACCGAAGCACAACAGCUGAUGUCGGCUCCAGAAACCAUGCAGCAUGCCGAUGUGAAAUUGUCAAAAGUCCUUUUCACCAAAGACGACAGUAAUUCGGAGAUUCUGCUCCUCGGCAAGGGACGUGGCCGAUGUGUCGCCUUAUGGGACAGAGACGAUGGAAUUGAUCCAUUCCGGGUUUUGUCGAUCAAAAAUACAGAUGUGGACCCAAAUGAUGCUUGCAAAAUGACCGAUAACCGAGUGUGUAUCGGGUAUGCAGAUGGAUCCCUAGCGAUGUUCAAUACGGAUAAGGAGGAUUUGGCUUUGAUGUCUCGUAUCCCAUCGAUUCACAAUGGAUGUGCCAGUCGAGCGAUUUGUCUCAAUGGAAAUGCGAUUUUGAGCGCCUCUUCCAAUGGUACUCUCUCGUCGGUGGACGUGGAAACCGCGAAAUCGACACGAAUCUUCUCCGGACAAGCCGGAAUACGGUCGAUUUGUACCACUUUUUCGUCGAACGUCGCCCACAUUUUCCCUCCAAAUGCGCCAUAUAUUUUCAGCCACCCCCUCACUGGACCCCAUCAAAACGUUGAUCCCAUCCAAGAAGACCCUGGACCCAAUCACUGCCCUCUGCUCUCAUCCGGCCCAAUCCAAUCUGAUUUCGUGUGGAACCGACGACGGAAUCAUUGGAUUAAUCGAUGCGCGAAACUCGAGAUCAGCCAGUAUCACCUCUACGUAUAUGGUGGCGAAGAAGGGCAUCACUCAGGUCAUGUUUCAUCCGACAUCCAACGAUUCGUUGUUGGUUUCCUCGUUGGAUGGAACACUCCAGAGAAUCGAUGCUUCGGGAGCGCCUGUAAUAGGUGUUCUAGAACGUCUAGUUUCAAAAUAGACGGUUCUGAAACGUCCACAUCUGAAACAGACGGUUCUAGAACGUCCAGAGCUAGAAUAGGUGGUUCUAGAACGUCUAGUUUCAAAAUAGACGGUUCUGAAACGUCCACAUCUGAAACAGACGGUUCUAGAACGUCCAGAGCUAGAAUAGGUGGUUCUAGAACGUCUAGUUUCAAAAUAGACGGUUCUGAAACGUCCACAUCUGAAACAGACGGUUCUAGAACGUCCAGAGCUAGAAUAGGUGGUUCUAGAACGUCUAGUUUAAAAAUAGGCGGUUCUGAAACGUCCACAUCUGAAACAGACGGUUCUAGAACGUCCAGAGCUAGAAUAGGUGGUUCUAGAACGUCUAGUUUAAAAAUAGGCGGUUCUGAAACGUCCACAUCUGAAACAGACGGUUCUAGAACGUCCAGAGCUAGAAUAGGUGGUUCUAGAACGUCUAGUUUCAAAAUAGACGGUUCUGAAACGUCCACAUCUGAAACAGACGGUUCUAGAACGUCCAGAGCUAGAAUAGGUGGUUCUAGAACGUCUAGUUUCAAAAUAGACGGUUCUGAAACGUCCACAUCUGAAACAGACGGUUCUAGAACGUCCAGAGCUAGAAUAGGUGGUUCUAGAACGUCUAGUUUCAAAAUAGACGGUUCUGAAACGUCCACAUCUGAAACAGACGGUUCUAGAACGUCCAGAGCUAGAAUAGGUGGUUCUAGAACGUCUAGUUUCAAAAUAGACGGUUCUGAAACGUCCACAUCUGAAACAGACGGUUCUAGAACGUCCAGAGCUAGAAUAGGUGGUUCUAGAACGUCUAGUUUAAAAAUAGGCGGUUCUGAAACGUCCACAUCUGAAACAGACGGUUCUAGAACGUCCAGAGCUAGAAUAGGUGGUUCUAGAACGUCUAGUUUCAAAAUAGACGGUUCUGAAACGUCCACAUCUGAAACAGACGGUUCUAGAACGUCCAGAGCUAGAAUAGGUGGUUCUAGAACGUCUAGUUUCAAAAUAGACGGUUCUGAAACGUCCACAUCUGAAACAGACGGUUCUAGAACGUCCAGAGCUAGAAUAGGUGGUUCUAGAACGUCUAGUUUCAAAAUAGACGGUUCUGAAACGUCCACAUCUGAAACAGACGGUUCUAGAACGUCCAGAGCUAGAAUAGGUGGUUCUAGAACGUCUAGUUUAAAAAUAGGCGGUUCUGAAACGUCCACAUCUGAAACAGACGGUUCUAGAACGUCCAGAGCUAGAAUAGGUGGUUCUAGAACGUCUAGUUUCAAAAUAGACGGUUCUGAAACGUCCACAUCUGAAACAGACGGUUCUAGAACGUCCAGAGCUAGAAUAGGUGGUUCUAGAACGUCUAUUUUAAAAAUAGGCGGUUCUGAAACGUCCAAUCUGAAACAGACGCAGGUGUCGUUUAUGUGUAUGUCCUUCGUGCUUCCUUGA